GGGUGCUUCGGACCCCCGUCGCAUUGUGCUUCCUGGGGAUCCCCACAGGCGUUUCCCUUGCGCGCGGCCGGCUGGCGGGGGUAAACUCCUUCCCAGCUGGGAUCUCCCCGACUGGGCGUCAAACGCCGUAAUGGGUGGGCCCGUCUGACUUCCGCGGUGCUCUCAUCGGCGCCCUUGAAGAGUGCUUGGUUCGGGCCUAGCCGCGGGCAAUGGAGAUAGCGCGGCCUCAAGCAGGCGCGCCAGCCUCAUUGACUUUGACGGCUUUGCACCGCGCGCUGACCGGCGUAGGGAUUCUUUGAGCCGCAAAAGACCCUGCGGUUUUGUCUCGGUUCCGAGGCGCCGUCGGAACGUCUGCUUCGGCUUACGGCCCGGACACGAGGCCGACCUCGGCGGGUGGGCAAUUAUCCCGGGCUCCUCGGUGACAGUUUGGCUUGCAAACAAUUGCUUGUUUAAGGCGCCGCAUGGCCUGCGGGUUCUUGGAAUCCGAUCGCGUCGCGCACAUGUUCGAGCACUGGAAAACAUGGUCCCGACGUUCCCAGGCUUUAGGGAUUUGUGAAUGUAUUUUGUUAGUCAGUGCUUGUUGCGCCGGCUGUGCUCGAGAGCCGUUGCUCGGAACUUGCGAUGUGUACAGCUGGCAUGACCCUCACCCCUUUGUUGUUGUAUAUUGUGUAUUUCGGGUGAGGAUUCUACACCGUGAACUGUACUAAAAAAAGAUGUUCUUUGACUUUUCGUUGUUCGACUGGCCAAUCCCGCACGCAAGUUCUGCUGAACGCAGUGAUUGGUGAAUGGAUUGUCCAGUUGAGACGCAACCCGGCGGCAAUUCGCCAGUAAAGAUUGUGGGCGGAGCGUUGCGUCUACAAAAUGCGGCCGCAGAGCUCCGAAGGGGAGUUCUGGACCUGGCUUCGGUGCUAAGCACCAUCGGCUCUGCCGAAAUAGGGUCGCCCUAUGUGGUCCAAACCAGUGUAGCUAUUUGUAACCGAUGUACUGUUGAAACUAUGCAAUCUUGUAACCGAACUUUGUAAUUUUAUCUGUAAAUACAAGUUGUUGUUCGUUCGUUACUGCAGCGGCUUUGUCCUUUCGAACCUAAGUCACCCAUUGAGCCACCUGUGCAGACCGUCUCUGACGGUGCGUCUCGGACGCCGACGGUGGGGGUGAAUUUUAACGAACCAAUCGAUCCAUCGUUUUGGCAUCGAAUUCUUACUGGCGCAGUCGACAGGAUAGGUUCGGAAGACCAGCUAAGCGCUAUGAAGACAGCGGUACAUCUGCCAGAGUGGCAUCCCAAGAGCUAGCAGCACCUCCGGUGUCUGCAAUUGGCUCAAGCCUUGGAGGAGGAAGCCCAACAGCAAGUCAUCGCUAGGCGACGUACCUCAACGAGUAGGACGUCGAGGCGCCGACUCAACCCCAGCAGGGAAGCAGCCCGAGCGAGAGCCACGCAGAAAAACCUCGACCUUCGUCCACCUGUGAUCCUCGUCUGAAACGUGAGUUUCCUUUCCUCUUACUGUUCAGUCACUGCGGGGCUUCGAAGCUAAUCAUGAUGCAGAAUCACAGGGACGAUGAGGAUGGUCAGAGGGAGAGGGGUAGCAGCGAUGGUGAAAGCGAGCCCUUUCUGUCUGAGCGGGAGAUGGAGUUUAGACUAAAGAUGGCUCAGGAACGUCGCCAGAGCCUAGCCCUUGAACUGGAGCUCGUCAGGGCACGGACAGCGUCGCCAUCGAGUGGUCGCGACGGCAGUGGCAGAGCACUUGAGAAUGAUAGAAACACGGAAUGGCGUAAAUAUUCAAAAUUAUUAGUUGGUGCUUUCCCCAAAUUUCCCACAGACGCCGAGGUCCCCAUUUGGUUCGAAUCUGUAGAGCACACCUUAGAGGCCUACGAGGUGCCGCGAAGCUGUUGGGGUCAGAUAGUUUUUCCGCUCCUAGCGGAGCGCAUUGAGUACCUGUCAACACGUCUGACUCCCGCACAGCACCGUGAUUAUGAAGCUUUAAAGGAAGUCGUCCUUGAUGAGCUGCAGUUGUCUCCCCUUGAAUAUCAAAAACGGUUUUUUGGGGUACGGAAGCGGAAGACCGAGACGUGGAAGAGUUUCACGACUCGUCUUGCCAGCUACCUAAAUUUUUAUGUGGCAUCAAGAGACGUGUCAAAUUUUGCGGAGCUGCUAGAACUCUUGGUGGCUGACCAGCUGAAAACAGUGUUGUCGGAAGAGGCGCUCAGGUACGUCAGGCUACGAGAGGGUGCAGGGUGGUACAAGGCCUCGGAAAUUGCUAGACUUUUGCAAACUUUUGAGGACGCUCACGGCCGUGUAGACAUACCUAAGGGGCAACCUCGGGACACCAGCACUAAGGGCCCGGAAACUACAACUGGGAACCGCAGCAGCAGCGGUUUGGUUUCGCACCAAGGGCAGAGGACAAAACCGAAAUCACCGUAUCCACCCGCGGGACAGCAGAGGCCAACAGUUUGCUUUGAGUGCGGGUCAGCCGGGCACAUUAGGCCAAAUUGUCCCCGCAUCCGCGAAAGGCUGGCGCACACGGCCGCCCAGCAGGAACAACCUGAGAGGCUCACCGCGCGGGUCGCGCUAGAGAACCCAGCUGUGGGUGACCGCUUGUUGUGUGUAGCUCUCAAUUGUAGGGGCCGAACAAUGAAGGCAAUAGUGGAUACGGGUGCCGAGAUAACUGUGGUUCGCGAAAGUGCCGUGCCACCGGAAUUAGCACAGUCGCAUGGCAGUGUAAAUCUCCGCGCAGCUUUUGGCGAACGAGUUGAAGGGGGUGGCAUGAUCGUGAUUGAUGGUCUGCUUUACCACCGCGACCACGUAUUGGGACAGCCGGUAAAACAGCUAGUUUUACCUACGGCGCGGCGCGCUGAGGUACUUAGUCUCGCCCACGAGUCAUGCUGGGGCGGCCACCUUGGCUGUCGCAAGACAAGAGCGAGGAUUAAGCUUAGUUUCUUUUGGCCAGGCGUCGAAAAAGACGUUCAGGCAUUCUGCAACAGUUGCCACGGGUGUCAAAUCAGAGCAGACAAAAGACAAUCAGAUCGAGUGCCCAUCACGCCUCUAGUAAGGCCGCAGUACCCUUUUCAGAAGGUAAACCUAGACGUUAUAGGGCCGAUCGAUCCCCCUAGCAGUCGCGGCCAUCGCUACGCCUUGUGCAUUAUAGAUCUUUGCUCCCGCUGGCCUGAGGUCGUGUGCCUCACAUCAUUAACAGCUAAGGCAACCUGCGACGCGAUGUUAGGAGUUUUCAGCAGAACCGGGAUACCAGAGGUAGUUUGUUCCGAUUGCGGAACGAAUUUUACCGCCUCACUCACCAAUGAGUUUCUCUCGCGCCUCGGCUGUUCACCUCGCUUUUCCACGCCUGACCACCCGGAAAGCAACGGAGCGGUGGAGCGGUGGAACCGAGUGUUCAAAAACAUGCUGUUUCACGUGAUCAGCAAACAGGGGAGAGAGUGGGAUAAAUUUGUCCCUUUCCUGUUGUGGGCCUACAGAGAAGUCCCGCACGAUACUACGGGCGUGUCGCCAUUCCGUAUGAUGUAUGGGAGAGAACCAGUCGGCCCACUCGCCAUAUUAAAACGAACGUGGUCAGGGGAGCAGGAGGUGCCCGCUUUGGUCGCAGAUAGACCCUCGCAGUACAUGCAGAAAUUGAAAAAGCAGCUGCAGAUAGCAGCUGAGGCGGCCGACUUGACUACGACCAACCAGCAGAGGGCAUAUGCCACUCAGUACAAUCUCCGCACGAAAGAAAAGGCAUUUCAGGUAGGGGACCAGGUGCUUGCGUUCGAUAGUAACCGCCUUGGUAAGAUGUACCCAAAGUGGCUGGGACCUUGCACGGUCAUGGAGAAGUACAGGCAGCACUCUUAUUACAUCGAAACCCCGGAAGGAAGGCGCAUGCUCGUUCACGCGAACCACUUGAGACCGUACACGUCUCGUGUAGCUAGCAUAGGCGUUAUAUUCCACGACGACCGCGAGUUCGGAGAGGUGGAGUACACGCCGCGUCCGGGUAGGGUUCUCGGCACUACGGCCCUCUUACCCGCAGACAGUAUAUCACAUUUGGAACCGCCGGAGCGAGCGUUGGUGAAUGAGGUGUUUCAGACACAUGCCGCCUUGUUUACGGCCGAAAUUGGGAUAGCGCGGGUGAACGAGCACCGCAUAAAACUGAUGGAAGGAGCCGUGCCAAAGCGUUGCCGCCCCUAUCGCAUUCCGGUAGCCCUGAAAAGCGAAGUCUCCAAACAAAUAUCGGAACUACUAGAAUUAGGGUUGAUCUAUAGGUGUGAAAGCCCCUUUGCACAUCCGUUGGUGUGCGUCCCCAAGAAAGACGGCACAGUGAGACUUUGUGUUGAUUAUAGGAGUUUAAACGCGAUGACCGAGCCAGACGCAUUUCCUAUGGGAUUCCCACAGGAUUUAAUAAUGAACGUCGGACAGGCUAGCCAUAUUACCCUUAUUGAUCUCCGUCGUGGUUAUUGGCAGGUGCCCUUAGCGGACGACUCGCAGCGGGCUGCGGCGUUCGUGUCACACUUGGGUCAAUUCGCUUGGAGGGUGAUGCCAUUCGGUCUCAGGAACGCUGCAGCUAGCUUUCAGAGAAGCAUGAAUCAGCUGUUAGCACAGCACGAGGACUACGCCUGCGCAUAUUUGGACGACAUCGCUGUUUUCAGCAGGUCGAUACAGGAACAUAUCCGCCACCUUCACGCUGUUUUCUCAGCUCUGACAUCAGUGGGAUUGGUAGCGAACCUCGAAAAAUGUCAGGUGGCCCGUGGAUCUAUCCGCUAUCUUGGGCAUGUGGUAGGCUCCGGCAAGCAUGGCCCGGACCCUACUAAGCUCGCAGCCAUCAAGGGACUGCAGGUGCCGCGUACUAAAAAGGAAUUGAGAAGCGUCCUUGGCCUCUGUGGGUAUUACAGGGGAUACAUUUCAAAUUUCGCGGCCAUAGCGAAGCCGCUCACGCAGAUGACUGCUAAACACGUUCCCAAUUGCAUUCCGUGGUCUCCUGAGGCCAACGAGGCUUUCGAAGGUCUCAAAGGUGCUCUGUGUAGUGCCGUAGAGCUGGCGACUCCAGACUCAAGCAAGCCAUUUUGGCUGUUCACCGAUGCCUCUGCAAUUGCCGUGGGCGCAUGCCUAGCUCAGAUGACCGACAAUGGCACAGAGUGCCCCAUUGCUUUUGCCAGUCACCGCUUCACGCCCACUCAGAUGCGGUGGUCUACGAUUGAACGCGAGGCAUUUGGCGUCAUUUGGGGUCUCAAAAAGUUUGACACGUGGGUGUUUGGCAGGAAAAUAUUUGUAGUAUCCGACCAUAACCCUCUUGCGUACCUCACUCAGUCCACGCCUCAGGGAGCAAAACUUACGCGUUGGGCUCUAGCGCUACAGCGCUACGAUGUAGUGGUGCGACACAGAAAGGGAAUCGCACAUACUAACGCCGACGCACUUUCGCGUCUGACGAACCAUUGCUGGGAAAAGGAUGUAGAAGACAGGGAACCCGCAGUGACGAACAGUGGAGACAAGGAAACAAGUGUGGUGUGAUGUGAUAUGACUGCGGUAACCACACAGACGACCUUGGACGAUGAACUCAUGCUGCCGCAUUUCUGUGUGUACCUUGUUGUUUUAGUGUUUUUUUGUUUUGGCGAGUGUCGUCAUCUAAGCUCAAUGAUGUAUGUUUUUAUGUUUUCCUCCCAAGCUAGAGGCUGACAGUGUCCUUCCGGCUCAUAUUUGUACGAUACUGCAUAUUAUAGUUUCAGGACGCGAGCCCUGUUGCAUCAGGGAAGCCUUACUAUUUGUUUCGUUUGUGUAUUUGCUUUGUGUGUGUUUAGGUUGUACCUAUUUUACGGUGAAACUUAUUCAUGUGUUCACACUUUCUACGGAAUGUGCCGCGUAGAGUGCUCAUCAUAUGGCGCUGGCAUUUAUUUGUGUUGUUUCAGUAAGC